AUGGCAGACACAUUGCGGAGGCUGGUGAACACUUCAUCCUACAGUGUCCUACAGCAAAAACUAGAAACCUGGUACAAAGACUAUCAUGUGAUUUCAUGUGACCAGAACCUGAACCGAUGCUGUGAGCUGGUGGAGCUUACCUCAAGUAUUCAGGCACAGCUGUUCACUAUACUCAAUCUUACUGCACAAGAAGGUGGUCAUUAUGCAGGAGUGGAUACACUUAAAUCUCGCUUGCUGCCAUGGCUUGGUACGUGCUUCACAAUGGCAAGCGCCGCUGUCUCUUCAGACACCAGUCUCAAUCUUAUUCAGGACAAUGUGGAGAAGGAGCGAAGGAUCCGUGAACUGUCAUUGUCCCAUGAGAGUGACAUGCAGAAAAUUGAGGACCAGCUCUGCUCUACACGCAUAGAGCUGGACUCUGUCAAACAGCAACUUGCUGAUGCUAAUAUUGAACUGGACUCCACCAAAAACAGGUCAGCGACCACCCUUCUUGCCACAGAAGAUGAGAUACUGCACCUGAAAGCAGAGUUGCGAACAGCCUAUGAUCAGGUGAACCUCUAUAAGAAGAAACUGGAUGUGCUGGAAGACUAUGAGAGGCAGGUCAGAUUACUGAGAGAGGAGGUUUCGUUUCUCACUGCUGAGAAAUCCAUGCUACAGGAAAGACUGGUCCGAAGUCGCUCUCCCAGUCCUCUUCCCCGGCGGAGUCGUAACAGCAGUCCUAUAAGGAGUGAGUCUCCUACACGUGCUCAGCUCACCAGCUCAUCUCGACAUGCCCGGCUUGUGUCACGCUUCUCUGACCUGUAUGCCAUUGAACGCUUGGAGGCCCAGAGCCUUCUUCGCCGGUACAUUGAUGACUUAGAGACAGUGCAGAGGAUCAUCUUCAUUGCCACUGUGGAAUCAUUUCAGGCAGCGAAACUGGCUUAUCGCCAGUUUAAGCUGCGCGUGAGGAAAACACUUUCUCCUACGCACGUGGGUCCUGAGAGUCUUGAGGAUGCUGUAGUGGACUACAUCGUCAGAAACCUUGAUCUUUAUGAUGUGCAGACAAGUGUUAGUGAUGUGAUUAACUCAAUGAACGUGAAUCCACGCAUAUCCUUCCCUCCUGAGGUGGACUUCAUGCUCAUCAGUAGUUUCAUCAGAGAGAUGUGUAGAAUUGCCUUCGACAUGCAGACACUAGAUCCUCCUCUAGACUUCGCCUUUAGCUCUGAUGGGGAACUCUACAGUGACAUUAAGUACCGGCGUAGUUAUGAUUCAGAGUACACUGCACCACUGGUGGCGUACCACGUCUGGCCUGCACUAAUGGAGGGUGACAGCGUCAUAAUGAAGGGAGAAGCUGUGACAAGGAGAGGGGCCUUGUGGAGGAGCCGAAGUCGCAGCUGCAGUCCAGUUCGCGCUCGCUCAGGAAGCCCCAGCCACACCCGUAUGUCCGGUCGCAGUCGGAGCCCAUCCCCAGGACGUCUCUCAGCCAGCCGACUGUAAUUUUACUGUAAUUUAAAGUGAAGUCACUCAGA